CAUUGUUGUUUUAUUAGGUGAAAGUCGCAAACGAAAACAUCAACUUUUCUUGAAAAUUUAUCAUCAAUUAGUUUCGCUUCCAUUAUCCCUGGAAAUUGAUAAAGCUAUAUGCGCUUUUUACCAAAUAGAAGUUGAAAGUGUUCAACAUAAAAACAAAAAAAUGCGUAGUUCCAGACUCGAUACCUUGUUUAGUGGUAAUAAAAACGUUCCAUACGCACGGCGACAUCGAAGAUUUCCCCAUCAACAAUACAGUAACCAUCCAAAAUCUACUAACCUCAAUAAUCAAUUACGGAAUGGCUCGUACCACGUUCAGGACAAAAAUGAAGAGGGGGAACUAAACGUAGAGUUCGGGCGCCCUCAGACUUCACAAGGAACAUGCUGUUACGCUAUUGAUCAGCAGGCCAUAUCAUCAGGAUCUACAGGGAGUGAUUCUGCAGAAGCAUUUCUCAGCAAGGAUCUCUACAGAAGCGUUCCCAAGUCAGAUGAUGAAAUACCUUCUAGACAAGUUUUCAUUUGUGAUCCCGACCAUUCGAAUACUGAAAGCAGUUUUGAGUUUUCCGAAAUUUCCGACUCGGAAUGUGAAACAUCUUCGAAGGAGAAUUCUGAAAGCCAAAAUGAACAGGAUAAAUUUUUCAACAAAAAUGAUCUGCUUCAUCCAAACCUAGUAAUCACCAAGGAGGAAGUAUUAGUUAUGCUUAUGCAUAUUUUUAUGCGCCACAAUCUCUCAAACAGUGCCCUCGAAGAUAUCCUUCGUUUGAUCAACGUAGUUUUGGGGUUUUCAUCACUUCCAAACACAUUCUACUCGUUCAUGUCAUAUUUUGGAACCCAACAACUAGUGCGUCAUUUCGUGUGCAAAGGAUGCGGUCUAUACAUGGGAACUACCCCUGAAGAAAAUGCAACAUGUGUAGAAGAAGCGAGAAAAAUAUUUUCAUUUCUUUUGAUAUGA